GGGCCAGCCAGGAUGGCCGCGGCUGCAGCGCGCGGCUCCCCGGCGGAGGAGCAGCAGGAGCCGCCGCCGCCGCCGCCGCCUCCCCCGGCCGCCUCCGCCGCUCCGAAGAAGCGGGGCGGCGACUGGCGGCGGAGGCAGGCCGCCCUCUUCUUCCUCAACAACAUCUCCCUGGACGGGCGGCCGCCCUGCCCGGCCUCGGGGAAGCCGCCGCCGGAGCAGCCGUUGCAACCAUUGCAGCCGCCCCCGUCCUCCUCCUCCUCGGCCCCCGCGGAGCCCCCGCGGCCGGACGAGGAUGCACGCCCCGCCGCCGAGCCCGGCCGCCCCCGCCUCCUGCUGGCCCCCAACGGGCCGCCGGCGGCGGGGCUCCUGCUGCCCUCGGCCGCCGCCGAGCUGGACCCCUCGCGGGGGCUGGGCGCCGCCGCCGCCGCCCUCCUGCCCCAGCUGCUGCUCGGCAGCCCCGCCGGCGUCCUGGGGGGCGCCUCCAAGCUGCCCGGCCUCGCCCCCCCGGGGCUGCUGAGCCCCACCCAGCCCGCCGCCGCCGCCGGAGGAGCCUUCCCCUUGGAGGUCCAGAGGCAGAGAACCAAGCACAUAUCUGGCUCGCCAAGACACAAAGGCUUGAAGAAGGUACACUUCAUCAAGAACAUGAGGCAGUACGACACAAAGAACAGCAGGAUAGUAUUAAUUUGUGCCAAGCGAACUCUGUGUGUGGCUUUUUCUAUCCUGCCUUAUGGGGAGAGUUUACGGAUCAGUGAACUGAAAAUAGAGGGGCAGAAGCAGAGACAUCCGUCCGGCGGAGUUUCCAUGUCUUCAGAGAUAGUGCUAGGAAUGGAAGGAGUCGAGGUGGGAGCAGACGGCAAGAUUGUGUCCUAUGCAAAGUUCUUGUAUCCAACCAAUGCUCUUGUGGGCCGUAAAACUGAUGUUCAUGGUGCCAUUCCUUUGUGCCGAGCCGGCGUUCCACGGAGCGCGGGGGGGUCAAGGCACAAAACCACCACAGCCAAACCGAUAUCCUCGGCAACAGAUAUUGGAAAUGAAGUUGGUGAGUUAGCAGAAUACAAUCCCAAUCUCCUUGAUGACCCUCAGUGGCCGUGUGGGAAGCAUAAGCGGGUUCUCAUCUUUGCCUCAUACAUGACCACAGUCAUAGAAUAUGUGAAACCCUCAGACCUUAAAAAGGAUAUGAAUGAAACUUUUAAAGAGAAAUUUCCUCACAUCAAGCUGACGCUGAGCAAAAUCAGAAGUUUAAAGCGAGAGAUGCGGAACCUGAGCAUGGAAUGCAACCUGGAGCCGGUGACCGUCUCCAUGGCUUACGUUUACUUCGAGAAGCUUGUGCUCCAAGGCAAGCUCAAUAAACAGAACCGAAAACUGUGCGCUGGUGCUUGCGUGCUCCUCGCAGCCAAGAUUAGCAGUGAUCUCAGGAAACAUGAAGUCAAACACCUUAUUGAUAAGUUAGAAGAGAGGUUUAGAUUCAACAGACGAGAGCUCAUUGGAUUUGAAUUCACGGUACUCGUCGCUUUGGAACUAGCCCUCUAUCUUCCCGAAAACCAAAUGUUACCUCACUUCCGGCGCCUCUCACAGCAGUCCUAGC